AUGCCUGCCUUGGGCUCCCAGCUCUGCAGGGCAGCGCUCCUGGCCACCAUCCUGCUGCUACUGUGGACAAAGGGGGUGAAGCUUCAGAAUGGGGGGAGCCCAGGCCUGGAGGAGACGAGCCAGAAAGAAGAAACACCUUCUCCAGACCAGAAUCAAGAGCAGUUUGAAGAGCACUUUGUGGCCUCCUCGGUGGGCGAGAUGUGGCAGGUGAUGGACAUGGCCCAGCAAGAGGAGGACAGGACAUCCGAGACGGCAGCUGUCCUCGACCACGUCUUUCAUCUAGCCUUCUGCUUCAGUCUGGCCAGCGUCGUGAUUUUUUUAUGA